AAACCCAAAACCCUACUCUUCUCUCUCAUUUCUCAACACAGCUAGAGUGAAGUCUUAUCCCUCUUCUCUCUCUCUCUCUCUCUCUUCCUCAAUCCCCAAAACCCCUAACAACCGACCUCAAAACCCUGAACUCGCUCACUCUCUCUCUAUUUUCCAAUCAAUCAAUCGUACCAAAGCCUCCAUUGAUGGCCAAUUAAUUCUCGUCACUGGAACGACGAUGUCGGGGCGUCGCAAGAACCAUGGCUCUCCUGCCAUGGCCGCCAAGAGAGGGAUUGUCAAGAAGAACGAGCUCAAGACUCAUCAUCGUCUUCGUUUACACGAUGCUCUGUUGAGUCCAGACUCUAUUCUCAAGAAGGUUUUUCGCAAGGAUGGUCCUCCACUCGGUGAUGAGUUCGAUUCUCUUCCUUCUCAAGCUUUCCAGCAUUGUAAAAAAGGACGACUGGGUUCCAAAUAUUCUCAUCAUGUUUGCCAAGAAAACCAAAGAGCAAUGAAAGGAAAUAAGGCUUCCAGAAAUUCUGAUCAUGCUUGUGAUGGAAACCAAAGAGCACCAAAAAAGAGAAAGGUUUCCAAACCUACCCUCUUGGAUUACCAAGUCUGCAAUAAAAAGAGUGCUCCAGUGAAGAAACAUGGUAUUGGGAAAGGUUUGAUGACAGUUUGGCGGGCAAUCAAUCCUGAUGGUGGAGAUUUUCCCAGAGGUGUUAAUUUUAAUGAGAGAGAGCCCACUGCUGUUCUCCGGGUGUCAGCUUCUGCUCCCCGGAAACCACUUGUUCGAGAAAAAAAAUCACGGAAACGACAGCCUGUGAUGAGAACAUUAAGAAAAGUAACCAAAGUAAAAGAAAAAAGGAAGCCUCCCAUCAAUAGAAGAAAGGUGGAAGGCAAUAAUGCUGAGAAGCAGAAGCAGCUACUCAAAGAAAAAUGUGAACUGGCUUUGGAAGGAGUGAGCUGUCAAGAAGAUCUUGAACAAUUUGCAAUGCUAGUGGAUGAUGAGGAGCUGGAGCUACGGGAAUUACAAGCAGGACCAAACUGCACUGCUCAUUUUGCUACCAAUGGAUUGCAUGGUUGUUCUCUUUGCAAAGAUUUGCUGGCUAAGUUUCCACCAAAUUCUGUCAUAAUGAAGCUACCGUUCCAUGUGCAACCAUGGGGUUCUUCACCAGAGCUUGUCAAGAAACUUUUUAAGGUCUUCCAUUUUCUUUAUACAUACGCUGUGAUGUUCAAUAUAUGUUCUUUUACCCUAGAUGAGUUUGCUCAAGCAUUUCAUGACAAGGAAUCAAUGUUACUUGGAAAAAUUCAUCUUGCCCUUCUCGAACUUCUUCUCUCUGAUGUUGAAACAGAGCUUGGCAGAGGAUUUUUUCCUCACGUGAGCAAAAAUGGAAAGUUUCUUGAGUUACUUCACUCGGUUGAACAUCAGCAGUAUGUUGUGGAUUUCUGGAAGAAACAUCUAAACCCCCUGACGUGGACAGAGAUAUUGCGUCAAGUAUUUGUUGCAGCUGGUUUUGGUUCAAAGCAUGGUACAUUGCGGAAGGAAGGUCUUAACAAGGAAGUCAAUCUCAUGGCAAAAUAUGGCUUAUGUCCUGGUACUUUGAAGGGUGAAUUGUUCAGUAUUUUGUCUGAGCAAGGCAAUAAUGGGAUGAAAGUUUCUGAUCUGGCAGAGUCUUCACAAAUUGUGGACUUAAAUCUCGCAGCGACAACUGAUGAGCUGGAACUUAAAAUAAGCUCUAUGCUUUCAAGUGAUAUUACCUUGUUUGAAAAGAUUUCAUCUUCUGCAUAUCGUCUACGUAUUAAUUCUGCCAUGAAAGAAGCUGAAAUUUUUGAUUUAGAUUCCGAAGACUUUGGCAGUGUUGAUGAUGACUCUAAAAACAGUGACAGAGACAGCAGUGGUGAUGACUCUGAAUAUGAUUCAGGGACGCCUAAGCGAAGCAGCCGUCGUGAAAAUAAGAAUAAAGCGUUGACCGUAAACACUGAAAUUGACGAGAGCCAUCCUGGAGAAAUAUGGUUGUUAGGACUGAUCGAAGGUGAAUAUUCAGAUUUAAGCAUUGAGGAAAAACUGAAUGCCUUAGUGGCAUUGGUUGAUCUUCUUAGUGCUGGAUCCAGUAUCAGAAUGGAGGAUCGAAUAGUACCCAGUGCGCAAUGCGUUCCCAACAUCAACCAUUGUGGUUCUGGAGCUAAGAUAAAGAGAUCAUCAGUGAAACAGCAUAACUUGCCUACAAUUGGAGGCCACAUUGGACAAAUGGUUGCUACAAAAGAAUUAGAUACAACAUCAGGGCUUCACCCUGUUGAUUCUUCAGCAUCUAUCUCUAAGAUCUGUGCAAAUGUGAAAUCCUGUAGUCAAAGGAAGGAUGCAAAAGAAAUGGAGGUUGAAGAUGAUUUACAUCCUAUGCAAUCAAUCUUUUUGGGUUCUGAUCGUAGAUACAAUAGAUACUGGAUUUUUCUGGGCCCUUGUAGUGCGUUUGAUCCAGGCCACAAGAGGAUUUAUUUUGAAUCUUCUGAAGAUGGUCACUGGGAGGUGAUUGAUACUGAAGAGGCUUUAAGCACGUUGUUGUCAGCUUUGGACUGUAGGGGUACAAGGGAGGCUUACCUUAUUGCGUCUUUGAAAAAACGAGAAGCAUUUCUGUGCCGGACAAUGUCUAAUAUGCUUAAUGAUACUGGAAUCAGGCAACUGAGUCAAUCUGAUCAAUCUGAGCUCAAUAUAUCCAGAGAAGACAGUUCUUCAGUGGUGUCUGAUGCAGACAACAAUCUUUGCCUGACUAAGACAAAGAAUGAUUAUCAGGUUUCUUCUGGUGGCAAAGUUCUUGAAACUGGGAACAAAGAAGAUCAUCAAAAACAAAAAUGGAGCCGUCUCCAAGCUUUUGACACCUGGAUAUGGAAUUCUUUUUAUUCUAAUCUUAAUGCUGUUAAAUAUAGCAAAAGGUCUUAUCUUGAUUCACUUACUAGAUGUGAAUGUUGUCAUGAUCUGUAUUGGAGAGAUGAGAAGCACUGUAAGACUUGCCAUACUACAUUUGAGCUUGAUUUUGACCUGGAGGAAAGAUAUACCAUUCACGUUGCCACAUGUAGGGAGAAUGGAGAGACUCAUAUGUUUCCUAAUCAUAAAGUUCUAUCGUCACAGUUGCAAGCAAUCAAAGCUGCGAUUCAUGCAAUUGAGUCAAUAAUGCCUGAAGGUGCAUUAGUUGGUGCUUGGACUAAAUCUGCUCAUAAACUAUGGGUCAAACGACUAAGACGGACCUCUACUUUGGCAGAGUUUUUACAGGUUCUUGCUGAUUUUGUUGAUGCCAUAAAUGAGGAGUGGUGUCAAUGCAACGUUGAUCUGGGAUCUAGUUCAGUUCUGGAAGAAAUUAUUGCAAGCUUUACAACUAUGCCGCAAACAUCAUCUGCAGUUGCACUCUGGUUGGUAAAGUUGGACUCGUUGAUUGCUCCCCAUUUUGAAAGGGUUGCUACAGAAAAGAAACAGCAAACAGCGGCAAGAUUAAAAGGUAAGCAUGCUUCUAUUUGAUAGAGAGCGACUUUUAUCCUGGGAGACUUAGAAAAGAAGUUAUUUGCAUGUACACCAGAUGCAAUGUUGGGGCAUUCUUUAUCCACCUUGGGUAUUUGCUGUUCACUUCAUUUUUGGAUAUUAUCAUGACGACGUGCUAAUCAGCGAAACAGUUGCUAGCUUUUCACAGUUUUUUAUUACAAGCACCGGCAGGCAUGAUACUUUCAGGAAUGAAUAGAAGGAAGAGAUUGAGUUCUAGUUCUUUAAAACAGUGUUCUUGGAAAUCCUUGUUACCCAGGUGAUUGAAUACUGUAUAGCAUCAGUUUAGGGUUUUUUUUGUUCCCCAUAAAAUUUACAAUUUUCUGUUCUUCACUUGUGAAGUCGCCAUAAUUUCUUGUUCCUUGUAGAAAAAGAAUGCUAAAGCUUCCUGCUUUUGAUUACAAAGGAAUAAAAUUUUGUCCUCGUGUUGGAAAGUUGUGUCA